AUGGCCUUUAAGACGGUCUCUUUUGCGAUCAUCGCCGCACUGCUAGCCGGGCAGGGCGCAGCUUUGCCGGCCACGCCUUUCUCUGAAAACAUAAACCCCUUGAUCGAAGCUCGAGGCACUUGCAAGGGUCUACCCUCCAAGGAAGUCAAGCUUACAGAUGCCGAUUUCAGCUCUGACAGUGGCAUUCUCAAGCGCUGGACGGAAGAUGAGUUCUCAAAGUUCGUCAAAAGAGGUCGAAAACCCCUCAACUGGUGCGCGGAAGAAAAAGACUACCAUGUACCUCUGGAAACUGAGCCCUAUCCUGAACCGAAGCUGAUUUGCGACCCCAAAUCCAAAACCUACCAUAACCCUCAAUGCAAAACGUUCGGCUUUACAGACAAGAAAUCGUUCACCGAUUAUGAGUUCAAGGAGCAGCCUCUGCCAAGUCCAACAAACACUGGUGACUACGACACCGAACAUUUGCUGGAAGGCCAAAUGUUGAAUACCUUCACCAAGAAGAUCUCGGACGCCAGCAAAAAGACCUUGGAGGACCCCAAAACCAAGGAUAAAGUGUCUGUGUGCGGAUAUCUAACGAGAUGGUUCAAUGAGCUGCCGGCUUCGGAGGAGCUCAAGACAGUGAAUGGCAAAAAGCUCGCAAGCGCCGGAAACGAUGGCAAUCAGGGCCUCAUCUGGCUUGCGUCGAUUUACCCGCAAAAAACCGAUCAGGACAUGACAGAGUUUGGGCUGCUGGACAAACAAGUUAACAUCGCCAAGGGCGGGCUUUGGACGGGCGGCAACGGCAUUGAUAUGGGCGACAUGGAAAAGAAUACUAAAUGGCUUACAGAUGAUAAGACGCCUAAAUUUAAGCCCGCAAAUGAGAUCAAGAAGAACUUCGAGACGGCGCUUUUCAAGUUCAAGGUUAUCCUUGGGAACCGCGUCUACCACCGCGAUACCUGGGUCCGCGAUACACUGAAGUUGCAAUCGAACCGUAUGGCCGACAUGCUCGACGGUCUGGAAACAGAGAUGGCGAAAAAGCAGAUCAAAGAGACGGACAAAAACAAGAAAACUAUCACGUGGGACAAGUACAAGAAGCAGGGCCUCAAGGCGAAGUGGAACAGCCACAUGAAGGAUACCACAGACAAUCUCGUCUCGACGAUCAACAAGAACUUUGAAAAGUCCUACGAGUACCUGGAAAAGGCAAUGAAGGCCUUUGAGGACGAGGCAGGGAAGACGAAAGACAAGACGCUCAAGGAUACGCUGAACCAGCUUGUGUGCUCCAUCAAGGAGGCUGAGAAGGCAUACAAUGCGGAGAAAGCUCAUACUUUAACGUCAAUCACCUUCUAA